AUCUUACAUGACUGACAUGAUGAAUAUGAUGGCUCUAAAUGUUAGCUACAAUGUCUUCGUCCACAUUUGGGUAAAACCCUAUCAGUCUCUAACCUUUGACAAAAAGUCUCCCUGAUCUAUUUGUGCAGUAACAGUUAGGGAGAGAAAGGACAAAUCUCAGUUGAAGGUUCUGGAUCGUAAAGUGAAUGUCCUUCAAUAGAUUUCAGUUCGCUACUGGACUGUUUUAUCGUAAUUGGGCUUCUUCAGACUCUUGCUUUGUUCAAUUUUCUACAGAGGGUUUGAUUAAAUUAGAAAACAAUGAAGAACAAUGAACGUCUCGCCAAUUUUGCUUUAGCAGGUUUAACAUUGGCACCACUUCUUGUGAAGGUAGACCCGAACUUAAAUGUCAUCCUGACUGCAUGCCUCACAGUCUAUGUUGGAUGCUACCGAUCAGUUAAGCCAACUCCACCUUCAGAGACGAUGUCUAAUGAACAUGCAAUGCGCUUUCCCUUUGUUGGGAGUGCAAUGCUAUUAUCACUGUUCUUACUCUUCAAGUUUCUUUCAAAAGACUUGGUUAAUGCUGUGUUGACAUGCUACUUUUUUGUGCUUGGAAUCAUUGCUCUUUCGGCAACAUUGUUACCAGCUAUUAAACGUUAUUUGCCAAAGCAUUGGAAUGAUGAUCUGAUUACUUGGCAUUUUCCAUUUUUCCGCUCUUUGGAGAUCGAGUUUACAAGAUCUCAGAUUGUUGCUGCAAUUCCUGGAACCUUUUUUUGUGCAUGGUAUGCUGCCCAGAAGCAUUGGCUGGCUAACAAUAUUUUGGGCUUGGCUUUCUGUAUUCAGGGAAUUGAAAUGCUUUCCCUUGGGUCUUUUAAGACUGGUGUGAUCCUCCUGGCUGGACUUUUUGUAUAUGAUAUUUUCUGGGUUUUCUUCACUCCUGUUAUGGUUAGUGUUGCAAAAUCAUUUGAUGCUCCUAUAAAGCUGUUGUUCCCAACAGCAGAUGCUACACAUCCAUUUUCCAUGCUUGGGCUUGGUGAUAUUGUAAUUCCUGGUAUUUUUGUAGCUCUGGCAUUGCGGUUUGAUGUGUCUAGAGGAAAAGACAGCCAGUAUUUUAAGAGUGCUUUUGUGGGAUAUACAUUUGGUUUGGUCCUUACAAUUGUUGUCAUGAACUGGUUCCAAGCGGCACAGCCUGCACUUCUGUAUAUUGUACCAGCUGUAAUAGGAUUCUUAGCAGCUCAUGUCAUAUGGAAUGGUGAAGUUAAACCGCUGAUGGAAUUCAACGAAUCCAAGAGUGCUGCUUCGUCUCAAGAUAGUAGCGAAACCAACUCUGCCAAAAAGGUUGAAUGAAUGAAAAAUUUGUAGUGCAGGAUGGAAAUAUUGUUGUUUUCUUUGAGGAUGAAAUCCUGACUAACUUAACUUGUGCAACUUGCACAUAGUUGUAACAGAUUUUGGAAUUAAGGAAAAAUAAUACAAAUUUAGCUUCUCAUA